AUGUCGAACACGAGGCUGUCGUACAUCCCUAGUGUAAUGCACGCCCUUACUGAUACUCCAGCCACGGUGUUCCAAGGCAACCAGAAACUGGAUUUAGCCCUCGGAGCUCCACCAUCGCGCGCGAGAGAACCGAAGGAAGCGCCCAAGGCGGCCAGAGGAAAAAACCGCAGCAGCCGAGCGUACGAACUUUUUCUUUGGAUGCCAGCCGAGGUGCUGCUCGAGAUUCUGGGUAAAGUGGACCCUGCGGAUCUUUUGCAACUCGCCCGCACAUCUUGGGGUCUGCGAGGCAUUUUGAUGAGCAAACGCUCCUCUCCGAUCUGGAAGACGUCUCUGGCGAGCGUAGAAGGGCUCCCUCCCUGUCCAGAGGACCUUGACCUGCCCCAAUGGGUCGAACUAGUCUUCGGUAAAUCCUGCCAUUUUUGUCACCGCAAUGUUCGCGCCAAGACUGUUUGGGAACUGCGCUUCAGAGGAUGCACAAACUGUCUAAAGGAAAGGUUCACGGUGUCGACGAUGGAGAAAGGCGUCGCUUUGGGGUAUAUGGCAGGAGCCCCUUCACUCACAUUCGGUAGCAAAUACCGUCGGUCUCGCGACGGGUGGUAUCAUGGGGAUACCUACGAGAAGUGGAAAGCCGAGUACAACGCAAUCCCAGAUCAUUCGGAACUUCAAAAGACCGCAUGGGUAGCAGGGAAAGCUUCUUGGAUGCAUCGCCGCAACUUGCAUGCUGUCCAAUGCAUCAACUGGGUUGAAGCAAGGGAGUCUGCCCGCCGAAAUGUCCUCGAAGCAGUUAAACGCGAAAGGAUGGACGACAUUCUGAGUCGAUUGAACGGAAAGGGAUUUUCCAAAGAGAUUGAUGCCCUUCGCGAUAGGGUGGAGUUUUGGACGGACAUUCGGCAGUUCUUGAAGGAGGACGUCACUGACCGUAUGUGGACGGACGUCGGAGCCUCAGUUGUCGCAUGCGCCAAGUUGCAUCAAAGCGAGAUCCUGCGCCAAAGGCGAAAGUCUGUCUUUGAAUCCCGCAUGAAACUUCUCACCGAGCUCCACCGCAAAUGCCACUUAGCUCAGCCUAUUAACGAUUUCUUCCUUUCAUACGGCGACCUGUUCCUGACACCGGAAGUUUCGCAGGUUAUUGAUCGAGCGGAUGUGUAUCAGGAACUGACAUUGGUUGACUUUGACCAUGUCGUUGCUAACAUCUCGCUCAUUGCAGCUCGAUGGGUCUCCGAGACAAAAGGGAAACUAUUGAGCGUACUGCAGCAGCAACUCCCGACUGAAGUUCGUAAUCGACUUCCGGAGAACUCAACUCUGUCGGAGUCAUCGUUGGAUCUUGCAAUCGCUACGUUUCAUUGCGGUCGCUGCCUUCCGGCCACACCUAUCCCUGGCCCUAAACCAAUGAAUCAUCUACAUGCGCUGGCUCAUACCCCGCUGUUUACGCGGAACGGCCAGGACGGUUCUGGACUACCGUUGGACCUGGUUCAUUUCCUGGUUGGAGUGCCGAUGAACGAAGAGCGACGGUGGAUGCCCUGGGGGGCAAUGUGCAACUUCCAAGUGGACAGACGGUUGGCCGUCAGAACUGCCAGCUUCGUCGAGAAUUUUGGCAGAGACCCGGCCACAACCACCUUUCAAGAGUUGAACGAUUUGGACGAAAUCUUUGAAUGUACGGUCUGUUCGACUUUGAGCAAAGGGAGACUCAUGUUGGAUUGGCGGUUGGCGAUUCUGCACGAGUGCGAUCCUGGUUGGCUCAUACGAGUAGACCCCCGGACUGCGAGCAUUGUUCGAGCCCGAAUGGAGGAGGAAAGAAUCGCGGAAAGAGUUAAACUCUUGGACUUGGGCUACAGCUAUAUUUCCGGGGACCGUCCAUCCUUGGUAUGUGUCCACUGCAGAUAUUCAGCGGACACUGGGAUCGAUAUUCGAGAGCACUUGGAGCAAAAGCAUGGUAUAACGGAGCCUUCCGACAACGACGUUAAAGAGUUUCUGGGAACUCGGAAGCUUGCUCUGCGCAAACCCUAUCGAUAUUGGAAGUUUGGUUCGUCGUCCUUGCUGUAA